AUGUUCUCACACGCUUUAAGGACUGCCAUCAAACAGAACGUUAGGCUAUUUGCAGUUCCAGCUAGAAAGACUGUUGCUGCACCAAUUUUCAACGCUACUAGAUUUACAUCUGUCAGAUUUUAUUCUGACAAGGAGUCUGAAACGUUUGAGGAGUUUUCUGCCAGAUACGAGAAGGAGUUCGACGAGGCUUACGACUUGUUCGAAGUGCAGAGAGUUUUAAAUAACUGCUUCUCGUAUGAUUUGGUGCCAUCUCCUGCUGUUAUCGAGAAGGCAUUGAGAGCUUGCAGAAGAGUCAAUGACUAUGCUACCGCAGUUAGAGUGUUUGAAGGUUUGAAGCAUAAGGUCGAGAACCCACAGCAGUAUAAGGCAUACCUGGAUGAGCUAAAGGAUGUGCGUGAAGAGCUCGGAAUUGAUCUCAAAGAGGAGAUGUUCCCUGAGCAGGCAUAA